UUUGCGCAUGCGUUGAAGAGUAACUACAACAAACAUGGCGUGCGAUGAGUGAGAAAUUGCGAAACUCUUGCAGAUGACGUGUUAGUCCAGAAAGGAUCACACUCUCCCUAUUUUUCAUGUAACGAAACUUGUAAACAGGAAUCAAGAAUCUGUGUGGUGCUUUACAUAUCUUUCCCUGUCCACUUCCCCCCUCCGUCGCUUAGCCAACAUCCAGUCCCUAAAUCCCAUGGCAACAUCGAAGCCGGGAGCUCAGUCAGCGGAUGAUGACUGGGAUGAUUACCUUCAUGGCAUGUUUAAGAAGCUCAAGGUGGACCCAGAAAGGCUAAAAGAUGAUACCACCUAUGGCACCUCUGGGACGAAGCAGAGUUCUCGCUGGUACAACCAGUCCAUCAAACCGCCAAAGAAAACCCGUAAAUCUCUUGCCCUGCGGAGCUCAAGGAACAGACUGAGUCCAUACAGGAGCCUUCUGACUUGCCAUGGAGGGAAAGCAACGUGCGAGAAUCCGUUAAUACGGAGUAGUAAGUUUACCGCUUCGUCUGAACAGGCGAAUCGGUUGGCACACGGCAAGAUGUGGUCCGAAUCUGGAAAUGUCAAAGUGAAGUUUGCAGCUGGUGUUGGGAAGUGCUCAUGCCCUAAAGAGGAAGUACCAUGCAGGUGUGACACAAAGAAGGAUGGCGAUGUGUGUAGGUGUGGAAGGAAGGUUCCCCCAUGCCACAUUGGUAGCAAGUGCAAAUCUAAGCUUUUAUCGUUCAGAACGCUGGCCACCAUCAUUGAGGAAUCUGGUGAAGCAGUUUCAAAAGAGAAACGAUCUGAGAAGAAAUUGUUUUCUACCGUGCCAUCUUACAAGCUGCAUGAUGGCGCUGCAAGUAAAGCAGCAUGUGUGCGCGAUGCUUCGGCUGAUGCGUCUGCUCGCCCACACUUUUCAAACUAUCGAGACGGUGCUACAGGUUUCAACGUUUCUCCAAAGAUGCAUGUUCCCUUAGCUACUCCACCAGCCACAACUCCAUUUCCAUCUCAGAGUUCAGUCGGACCGGCUGGCAGGACUUCUAACGUGUCUUGCCGCGUGCCUGCUCGCCCGGAGUAUUCUUGUUCGCAAGAGGCAAGAAUGGCCAUUGACGGUCUUCCUGAUGAUACGUCGGUUGAUGACCUGGCAGGCUAUUUUGAUAGCAUUGUCUACAUUCCGAGGAAAAUGUCGGCCAUGGCGGAGAUGAUGUAUACAUGACAGCAGCCAGAGAAGUACCAUGGCAGCUAGAUUAUGAUUAUUAAUUACAAAACUUGUAUUUUAUUAUGUUAUUUACAUGUAUAUAUGUAACAGCCAUUAGACAGAAGAAUGUUUAAUCUCUUUGAAACAAAUGAUUAGUCUAGAUUAUUAUUUUUUGUUGGGUUCAAUCCUUUUAUCCCUAGCAUCAGCUUUCAAUCCGACUCAGAAUGUGAUGGUAAAAUAAUGUCUAUCAGAUGACAGGUGUUCCGUGUAUCAGAAUAAGUAUUACAUGUAUGGUCAAUAGACCUCGCAUGUACACAUACUGAACAUGUACAUGUAAGUACUGCUCAGUAUGAGUCCAUCUAUUUCUGCAUACAUGUACAUCAUGGGUGUGAGAGUUCAGAUUUUUAUCUGAUUUCAGAUUUUUUUUGUUUUCAUUUUCAGCUUAGUUUCAGCUUAUUUUUGGCUUUCCUCUGUGCAAAAAUUAUGGGAGCUCAUUCUAUUUCAGACUUUUUCAACACUAUUCAGCCUCUUUCAGAUCUUUUUAUUUGUGACCACCCGCACCCUUAAUACAUGUACCUGUACCUGUAUUGGAAAGUUAAGUCACUUUCGAUGGCCCAAAUUUACCAUGUAAUCUUUGCAGGCUUCUUCUGAGUGUGUUCUGCUCGCGCAGCAUAAUUUACUGAGCCCCAAACAUGCAGCUACAUGUACAUGUGUGUUACUGUAUCUACAUGUACAUGUCAAUUUUUCUUGACAAGUCUAAUGUCAUUGAAUUAUGAUGCUUUCCACUAAAAAGCAAUUUUAUCUAGCCUCCCCGUCGAGCUUUGCGUGAUAAAUUACACAAAAGGUGAUCAUGCGAUUUUGUAGAUUAUGCCAUGUGUGACAUGUGUGCUGGUUUUUUUUAUUCGGUCGUAUGUUUGAUCAACAGUUUCGUCUGACAAGUUGUCAGAUCUGACAUCUUGUUGGACAAAAAUGUUGUUGAAAUACUCCCCCAGUCCCCUACUGGCCGAAUGAUCUACCAAAAUUGCCAGGCCUAGUUACAUGUAGAACCUUACUUUCUUUGAAAAAAAGAAGAAAUCAGCAGAAUGUCAUUUUUUUAUACAUGUAGCUUGAUAAUGAGCAGAAGUUUGUAAUUUCUGAAAAAGGGAAUGUAGAUUGCACACCUUUGCAGUUCAUUUAGGGUAGGGGAAGGUGGGGUAUUAAAGUUGUGACACUUUUUGCAUUUUGUAUGUUAGAAUUGAUAUGACUAAUAAUCUUGUAAGAAUAAGUACCUUGUCUUUAAAUUCAAUUCUUAGGAAAUAUUUUUCACAUAUAACUUUCUACCCCCACACUGAAAGUCAUCACCUUUGAAAAAAAAAAACGAUGUAAAAUGGCUCAAAUUGCACUAUCUGUGGGGUAAGUUGUGCCACCUUCUGGGGUAAGUUGAGCCACAAAAAUUAAGUACAAAAUGCAUGUGGGAAGAACCAGCAUGUCAAUAUUUUAUUUAAAGUCUUCACUUGCUACACCGUAAUUCUCUAUAAAUACUAACAUCCUCUAAAAGUAAAAGAACCUGUCAUGUGAAUUUGCUCUUUUCUGCCUGUCAUAUCAAUGGCUUUUUAAGGUUUUUUUUAUUAUACAUUAAGAAUUACCAUGGCUCAACUUGCCUUAUCUUGGCUAGCUCAAUUUACCCCAGUCCGAACUUAUUGCGAUAUUUUCACAUCCACACAUUUAUUAUGCAUCCAUCAUGUAAAAGACUAUGACAAGAUUGAGAAUCUACAAUGUAUACCUGGACUAACGAUAUUGUUCUUACAUGUAUGAUGUCUUUAUUAUAUUAAAAGGCGUGUGGGUAAAAAGCACUGAUGUUUUUCACACCCUUAUACUUUUUUUGCUGAAAUUUGUAUUUUCCCUCUAAAAAGUACUUUUUGUUUCAAAGUUGAAAACAAUGUGGUGGGAUUAAAGGCUAUGUAAUAGGUCAUCAAUACAUGACACCACCACAAUGCCUGACUCGUUCAUUAUUGGCCUGGAAUGGUGGCUCAACUUGCCCCUACAUAGUAUAUGCUCAACUUGUACCCUGCCUUUACAUGUAACACAAUUCAUGGAUUAAUGGAAUACAUUUUUCUGCAUAUAAAGCCUCAAACCAUAAUCAACCUGUAUGUACAUUUUCCAUUUAUGGCCCAGAUUGUAAUUUACAUGUACAUGUAGUACUCCACAUAUACUUAACUUUCUGGCAGUGUUAAUGAGGUUUGGAUUGCAGUUGACACCAAAAUUUUUCUUUGUCAUUGGUUUCAUUUGAUUCAUUCUAGUUGUUCAAGUUGUACUUGAUUUUCUUUUUUUUUAAAGUAGAACGUCGCUUUUUUGCAAG